AUGGCGCCGUCGCGGCCUGAAAACAAAAAAGCCAAGGCCGACGUGGCCAAGCUCCUCGUCGACGCCCAGACCCAACUCGAGGUCGGAAACCUGGAUGAGGCUUCGACAAUCGCACAGCAGGCCCUCGAUGCCACGGGUGCAGGCGGCGAUUUCGAGCUCAGCGCCCUCAACCUCUUGGGCACCGUCCACGUCGAGUCCGGUGACAUCGAGGAUGCCCGGGCUUACUUCCAGCGCGCCGUGACGCUCGAUUCAGACGGCUCUGUGGAUGAGAAGAUCGGCGGCGGGCCCGAAAAGUUUCUCCUACUCGCCCAGCUCAGCGAGGAGGGCGGCCAGGACAGCGUCAACUGGUUCGAGCGCGGUGCCGCCGCCUUGCGGAAACAGAUCCAGGCCCUAUCCGAGCUCCCCUCCAAGACCCCCGAACAGCAGGCUAUCUUGGGCGAGAAGCAGCAGAAGCUCGGUGGCGUGCUCUGCGCCGUCUCCGAGGUCUACAUGACGGACCUGUCGUGGGAGGCCGACGCCGAACAGCGCUGCGAAACCCUCGUCACCGAGGCCAUGCUCAUCGCACCGCAGUCCCCCGAGACGUGGCAGGCGGUCGCCAACGUGCGCAUCUCCCAGGAGCGCACCGACGAGGCCCGGGCCGCCCUCAAGCACAGCCUCGAGCUCUGGCAGGACCUCCCACCUCAGCACCCGGCCAUCCCCGAAUUCGCGACCCGUAUCGGCCUCUCCCGCCUUCUCAUGGAGUCCGAGCUGGAGGACGAGGCACUGCAGGUCCUGGAGCGCCUCAUCACCGACGACGACACCAGCGUCGAGGCGUGGUACCUGGGCGGAUGGUGCCUCUACAUCAUUGGCGAGAAGGCCCGCUCCACUGCGGGAGACGACUGGAAGACGACUUGGAAGUCCUCGCGACAGUGGCUCACCCAGUGCCGGAAGCUCUACGAUUUCCAGGACUACGAGGAUGAGCGGCUGGGCGGGCACGCGCAGGAGCUACUCCGCAACAUCAACACGGAGCUCGGUGCGCCCGUCGAUGGCGAGGACGACGACUGGGAGGAUGCCAGCGGCGACGAGGGUGACGAGGAUGAGGAGAUGCAAGGCUAG